UUUUUCCUACGGGUAUUGACAUCGAAUUUACGUAUUACAUGUAAGUUAUCAUAUGUUUAUCUUUUACAGUUCGUUUUUGUUGCUUUCUUCGCCCUCGCUUACGGUGCCCCAGCCCCCGAGGCGAAAGCUGAUCCAGAACCAAAGGCCGCACCCGCACCAGAACCCAAACCAGGAGUCGCCAUUGCGGCCGCUGCUCCUCUGUUUUCAACAUACAGCGCUCCACUACUUGCAGGCCCAUCAUAUUCGUACGCUUAUUCGUCUUAUGUCGCCGCUCCCCUUGCCUAUUCUGCAGCUUACGCUUAUCCCGCCGCAUACUCUGCACCCAUUGUUUAUGCUUAGAUGGCGAUUUAACUUCAUCACUUCAAAUGAUUUUGAAUUGAUUCCAGUGACUGUCACUUCAAUGGUUGUGCUAAAUAAAAUUGUUUAUUGAAAUUAGUAA